AUGUCAAAACAAUACCUCACUCUCCACACGGUCGACUCGGCGCAUCCCAAAGCGAGCGAUGUCUUCGCCGUAGCACCGACUAGCACACAAUUACUCUCAGCAUCCGGCUCAAGUAGCAUCAACGUCUACGACACCACACAGGCAGAGUUCCCGGUAAUACAAACACUCGACAAGGCGCAUCCGCUCGGCAUACACCACCUCGUAACUGCACGAGAAGAGAAGGCACGACGGGGUGCGAGUGCAGGCUUCGAAGGCAAGGUCAAAAUAUGGAGUCAGGACGAGGAUGGCGUAUGGAGUGAAGACGGAGAGAUUGUUGACCAGAACAAGCCGGGUGAGAUCUGGGCGAUUGCCCUUAGUGCAGACGGCCAGUACUUGGCGAGCACCAGCAUCAACGGCAAGAUCAACGUCUGGAGCUUGAACAAAGACGAGGGCAUGCCCCGGAUACGCGAGUAUGAGACGAAAGGCAGCUUUGGGCUGUGCGUAGAUCUGAGUCGCAACGGCACCUUCACCACGUCCGGCCACGAAAAUGGAUCGAUAUAUGUCUUCAACAAUGAAACCGGACGCCUCGCCCACUCCUUAGCCGGCCUCGUACACCCUGUCCGCAGCGUGGCCUUCUCUCCGGCAUCGAAGCUCCUAGCCGCAGGAGGUGAUGCUCGAAUCAUCGCACUCUACGACGUCACAUCCGGAGAGCAAGUAGCAAACUUCACCGGGCAUGGAGGCUGGAUACUCAGCCUGGACUGGAGUGAUACGGGCGAAUACCUGCUAUCAGGAUCCCACGACUCAAAAGCAAAAGUAUGGCGCAUAGAAACGCGGUCAUGCGUUGCGACACAUUCCCAUGGCGACAAACCCCUCUGGAGCGCAAAGUGGCUGCCAAAAGCACCUAUGAAGAGCGAGAUGUUUGCGCUAGCUGGAGGAAACAACUCGAUCAGUUUCUACCGUGAGGCAGCAGGUUGA